AAUUCGUAGCUAGCUACAUUUAUAUUUUUGUAAGAAAAACACAGUAUACCUGAACAUAUUUGUAGUUAGGUAGCGCCAUCUAAACACAGUCAUGAGUAUCGAGAUACCGGUGGGAUUGACGGAAUUGCUGCAAGGCUACACGGUGGAGGUGCUUCGACAGAGGCCACCGGACCUGGUGGAAUUCGCCGUGCAAUAUUUCACGCGCUUGCGAGACACCAGAAGCCAAGAUGGGGCGGGUGCUGCUGUCAAGCUCGGGAAAGGAGUGAUGUUUGAUGGGGAGCCGAUGCAAACCGAGUCGAAUGGAGACGAAGACGGGUCCGACGAGUCUGAUUUCGAGCCCCCUCCCCCCAGCAGAUACAACCGCAGAGUGUCAGUGUGCGCGGAGGCCUUCAACCCAGAUGACGAUGACGAGGUGGAGGAGCCGAGGGUGGUGCAUCCCAAAACAGACGAGCAGCGCUGCCGGCUGCAGGACGCCUGCAAAGAUAUUCUACUGUUCAAGACCCUGGAACAGGAGCAGUUCUCGGAAGUCCUGGACGCCAUGUUUGAACUGCGCGUACAGCCCCAGGAGCAUGUCAUCGACCAGGGAGACGACGGAGACAACUUCUACGUUAUCGAGAGAGGAAUCUAUGACAUCGUGGUACUGAUUGAUGGCGUAGGGACGUGUGUGGGGCAGUAUGACAACAAAGGCAGCUUCGGGGAGUUGGCACUGAUGUACAACACCCCCCGCGCUGCCACUAUUAUUGCCACCCAGGAGGGGGCGCUCUGGGGCCUGGACCGGGCCACGUUCCGUAGGCUCAUUGUGAAGAACAAUGCCAAGAAGAGAAGGCUGUACGAGCAAUUUGUGGAGUCUGUGCCUCUACUGAAGUCUCUGGAGUUAUCCGAGAGGAUGAAAAUUGUGGAUGUAUUAGGAAUGAAGACGUUUUCCGAUGGAGAACGCAUCAUCAUGCAGGGGGACAGGGCAGAUUGUUUCUACAUCGUGGAGACCGGAGAAGUGAAGAUUAUGAUGAAGAGCAAAGUAAAGUCUACUUCCUCCUUUUCUCAUCCCCUCGUUAAUGUCUGUGCCUCAUCACCAGAUAAUGUUUUUAAAAAAGAAGGGAAAAAAAGGCUUUGUUUUAUGUUCAAGUCACCCUGUUUUUUCUUUUCUCUCCUUUUUUCUCAUAUGUACUACAUAACACACCUGCGCCCAAAGACAAAGAUGACAAAGGCGAACCAGGAGGAUAAUGUGGAGGUUGAGAUCACCCGCUGUAGCAGGGGUCAGUACUUUGGGGAGCUGGCCCUGGUCACCAACAAGCCCCGCGCUGCAUCAGUGUAUGCUGUGGGAGAGGUCAAGUGCUUGGUAAUAGACAUUCAGGCGUUUGAGCGUCUGCUGGGUUCCUGUAAGGAGAUCAUGAAGAGGAACAUCACCCACUACGAGGAGCAGCUGGUAGCUCUGUUUGGCUCCAGCAUGGACCUGAGAGACUGACCACCCUUCUCCGUGCCUUACACAAGCAAAUUUACAUGAAUGAAAAGAUACCUACACGUUCAGACGCACCACUUACAUAGUAUAAGUACAC